GCAGUGUUAAACUCAUUGAAAUCCUAAACAUGCUUUAAGCCGAAGACAGAAGUCUCCACCGAAAUGAACCAUUUCAAAACCAUAAACCCUAAAUUCAUUUCACAUUUUUACUGUUUCCAGUUAUGAUAAUAACGUGACAAAUUACAAGCUUCAAAUCAAGGUAUGUUAAUUCACACUAGCCACAAAAUCUCAUCUUAUUUCAGCACACCCAAAACCCAAAUUAGGGUUUGGACUCAAUUCACAGCAUCAAUUUCAAGCUUAAAAGUAGUUUGGCGAAAAGACUUAAAACUAGACCAAGCAAUUGAAAAUGAUAAAUCUUGGAAACAAGCUGUAAAAGUUGUUAAAGAAGUAUUAAAUGAACCUAAUCAAGUAAUCCCUCUUCGUUACUUGGAAAAACGUCGUGAAAGAUUGCGUCUCCGUGUUAAAGUUGAAACCUUUUUACCACAAAACCCUUUGCUUUUCGAUGUUUAUUAUGAUCGAAUUAGACCCAAAUCAGAUCUUGUUAAGUUUUUGCGUGUUAGUGAUCGUCUGCGAAGGGUAUUAGAUGAGGAAGAAAGGAUUUAUUUAGAGAAUGAGCCUCUUUUAGUUGCGAAACUUUGUAAGUUAUUGAUGAUGGCGAAAAAUAAUGUAGUUAGUGCAGAUAAGUUAGUUCAUGUUAAGAGGGAGUUUGGGUUUCCGAAUGAUUUGUUGACGAAUAUGGUUCCGAGGUAUCCUGAGUAUUUUAAGUUAGUUGGGAGUAAUGAGGAAGGGAAGUUGUUUUUGGAGUUGGUUUCUUGGAACCCUGUGUUUGCAAGAUCGGUUCUUGAGCAACGGGCUGAUGAGGAAACAGAGUUGACGGGGAUAAAGAUUAGGCCCUCGUUUGAUUGGAAGUUGCCAUCAGGUUUUUUCAUUAGGAAGGAGAUGAGGGAGUGGAUUAGGGAUUGGAUGGAACGGCCUUAUGUAUCUCCGUAUGAGGAUGUGUCAAAUUUGGAUCAGGCGUCUUUGGAAAUGGAAAAGAGAACGGUGGGUGUUUUUCAUGAGUUGUUGUCGCUUUCGUUGUAUAAAAGGAUGCCGGUGCCCAUUUUGGGGAAGUUUAGUGAAGAGUAUAGGUUUUCAAAUGCAUUCUCGAGUGUGUUUACCAGGCAUUCAGGGUUAUUUUAUAUGUCGUUGAAAGGUGGGAUUAAGACUGCAAUGUUGAGAGAAGCUUAUAAGGGUGACCGGUUGAUUGAUCGGGAUCCAUUACUAGAAAUUAAUGAUAAUUUUAUUGAAUUAUUGGCUGAAGGACAUAAGCUGAGGCAAGAGCCACUAAAGCUUCAGAAACAAGCAGUUCAGAAUGAUAUGGAAAUGAUGGCAAUGAGAAACAGUACAUUGACUGAUGAUGAAAUUACCGAAAGUGACGAGCUUUAUAGAUCCUGAAAUGUUCUGCUGCUAGCAUUAAAAUCAUGGUGCCUGCUUUCUGUCCUACCCUUCAUGUGUCUUUCAAGCUGGCUGGACUCCCAGAAGAGAAUAUAUUUCCAACUCUUUUUUGUGAAGUACGGCAGAGAAGAGUUUUGGCUGUGUUGCAUCCAGGCAAUUAUUCAGUUAACGGUCUAUAAAUCAUCACGCAUAUGGAAUGGAGCUAAAUGGAAUCUUGACUAUGGCAUAGUGGAUGUGAUACUCGCGGCUCAAUGGACUAAAGCGAUUAUGGGCAGCUUUCCUCUCCCAACUAUUGAUUUCAUGGCAAGUGAGGCCAUGGUGACGAAGUUACCAGCAGUAAAAUCCGCCUCAGGAUCAACUAUUCCAAGGAGAUGGUGUGGCACGCCACGACAUUCGUCUUGAGUGAUUUUAUUGGUAACAAUAUCUAAGCCUUCAUAUACUUGCAUUUUGUCAGAAUUGAUUAUUUCAGCCGGCACACCGCCAGUGGCAAGGUCAAUAGAAAGUCUUGACUUCCCGGUUCCAGUGGCUCCCAUUACGAUCACCACCUUUUGCUUAUGUGGAUGGCAUUGGAGCACCGAUAAGUCCAUUCCCGGCGGUAUUUGCAUUACUGGUGCUUGAGCAGCAGCUAGUCUGCACAUCAUCAUUUUGGUUCUUAAUUUGUUAUAUAUAUACAAGCAACCAAAUCUUGAAAAUUAAUAUAUAGAAGGUGGUUGGAUGUAGUGAGUUGGGUUGUAGUUCUGCUGAUCAGUUGAAUUAAUUGAAGGAAGCAAGUUUGAGUUGAAUUUUAAUGGUGGAGCAUAAGAUGUGUAUUUAUAGCAUGCGAAUAUAUGUGAUCAAAUCAAAUCAUAAAAUUAGUGUGGAUGCAUGUGUUAGAUUACGUACAUACAGUAAUAUAUAUGAAAUUGUGGUAAUAUAAAUAUAUGCACACACACGAUAGAAGUCCGAUGCGGCGACGAUUGCGGUAGCGGUAGCGACAAAGUAGUGGUGACGGCAGUGGUGACUGGUGGUGGUGUCGGAGACUGGUGUAGGUUUUUGAGGGGUGUUUGGUAUGAUAGAAUGGAAAAAGGAGAAAUAAAAUGCGAUAUAUUUUUUCACUAGAGAAUGGAGAAGUGAGAAUAAUUUUCAUUCUCUGAAUCAAUGAGUGAGAAUGAAAAACUUUUUCUAUUAUUUUAAUGAUGUUAUGUGUUAACUUUAUGUAUUAAUUAAUUUUUUUUUUUU